AUGCACACCAAAAUCCUCACCACACUUCUCCUCUCCUCAAUGGCCCUAGCAGCCGACACGAGCGUCUCAAGCUCACCAUCCUCAAUCGAAUCCGACUCUGCUGCCCCCAGCAGCAUAAUGCAAACAACCGUCAGUUCGGUUGUUAGCGCCACUUCCCUCCCCGGCUCAUCCUCGGGUGUGCAUACAUCGCCCACCGUAACUAUGACUACCUCUGCCGAGGAAAGCGGGAGUGGAUCUUCGUCUAGCUCUGCUGCAGAGUCUACUAGCACCGACUCUAACUCCAAUUCGGGCUCGGACUCUACCCCAACUUCUAGCUCCAGUGCUAGUACUACGGCUUCGCCUUCGACCAGUACUGGUGCUGCUGCUGCUCCUACCGGGGCUGGGAUGAGUCUUGCGGGUGCUGCUGGUAUUCUGGGACUUGUUGUUGUUCUGUAG